UCUUCGUCCACGAUGUUCACCAAGGUUCUACUGUGCUGUCUCGUCGCUUACGUAGCUUCUCAGGCUGUCGUUGAGCAAUAUCCCCCGCAACCAUACCACUUCAACUACGACACCACCGACGAGUAUGGCACUCGCAUGACCCGCGAGGAGACAAGCGACGCCAACAACGCCAAGGUGGGAUCCUACAGCUACACGGACGCCAAUGGCGUCGCCCGUACCGUCAAAUACGUCGCCGACGAGAACGGUUUCCGCGCCACCGUCGAAACCAACGAGCCCGGUACCAAGAGCCACGUGACCGGGGAUGCCGAAUACAUCUCGAACGCUCCCGACUAUGUCGCCCCCGCCAGCCCGGCCCCGGCUAGGCCUGUUGUCGUACACGCCGUUCAGGCAGCACCUGUCGUCCACGCCGUUCAGGCAACACCGGUAGUCCACGCCCUGCAGGCCGCACCUGUAGUCCACGCCGUGCACUCGGCUCCGGUUGUGCACGCUGUCCAGGCUGGUGGAACUCCGGUACUUCACGCCGUCCACACCGGCGGCGGCACUGUCGCUCUCCAUGCAGCGCCAAUCUCGUACGCGACCGCCCAUCACCCGGUGCAGCUGACGCACGCCCCGUUGACGUACACCCUGGGAAAAGCAAAGAGCCGCUAAAUUCGUCCCAGUUCUGAAGCGAUC